AUGUCUCCUUCUGCUGGGCUCCAAUUUAGUCUAUACUUCCUACAAACAAAGAAAGUCCUGUGGAAGCUCACAGGACUCUGUUACAUACUCCUGUUCACACUAUGCUUUUUUGCUGACCAGGAAAAUGGUGGAAAAGCUCUAGCUUCACCCCCUGGGAUAUGGAAAAGAGCUGAUGUGACGUUUGACUCAAACACAGCAUUCAGCUCACUGGUUGUGUCAGCAAACAAGAAGACUGUGAAAAAUGUGGGUGUCCCCCAAGUUGUGCCAGACAAUCCGGAGAGAUUCAACAGCAGCCCCUGUGUGCUGGGGUCUCCUGGAUUCCGAUCAGGGAAACAUUACUUUGAAGUGAAGUAUGGCACACAAAGGGAAUGGGCUGUUGGGAUAGCUGGGAAGUCUGUGAAGAGAAAAGGAAAUCUCAUGCUUGUCCCUGAAGAACGGAUUUGGCAAAUGGGUCUCUGGUGGCUUCGGCACCUGGAAACUGAUCCUGGCAGGGUUCACAGCACCUCUGGAAAGAUUACUGUGUUUGUGGAUUACAAUGGGGGAAAUGUGAUUUUUGACCUUAAUCAUAUCAACACUACCCUCAAGGCGAAUUUCAAUGGGGAGGAAGUUGUACCCUUUUUCUAUUUAGGGGGCACUGUUUCACUCACAACUCUUUAAGAAGUUACAGUUCUUGAUUAAAACAAGGACUUCUCUCUACGCAACCUUUGCAACGCCUGUUCAAGCUUUUAAUAAUCUUUGGCUUUGGGAGGAUAAUCAUGUACAGGUAGGGCUGAACUUACAACCGUUGGUUUAGUGACCAUUUAAGUUACAAUGGAACUGGAAAAAAAACUUAUGACCACUUUUCACGCU